ACGCCCUGGGCGGCGGCGGCCUCCGUGCCAAGUGGCGCUCCUGGCGGGGCCCGGCCCCGCGUCGGUUAACAGCCCGAGUCUUUGGGGGUGGAGGGGCCGAUGCCCUCGGGAGCUGCUUCCGCGACCCGCACCAGCGGGGACGGCACGUGGCUCGGAGGCCGGCGCCCGCAGCUCCCGCCUGCGAGCGGGGGGCUGACCGGAUGGACCUGCCCGGCUGACCCGCUGAGACCCUUUAACCUGAGCGGGAAGCGUAGGGCCGUCCUGGACAACUCUGGUUGCAGACCCGCUUUUUUCUUCGUUGCCAGAGUUUUUCUCGCCUACGGAUAAUAGUGUUUUUGAAAAGACCCUGGAAGAAAUGUAACACACCCUCCUCUGGGGACACGUUUCCCGAGAAAGUACUGCACUUCUCAAACCUUUUCGUGGCGGACCGGCCUUGGCCUGACGUUUGAAAUCGUGGAGAAUUUCCCAGACCCCUCAGCGGAGACAAUAGACUGCACUAGCCUGCAAGCAAAAGGGCAAGAAGGUGGUGAGAUUGAUUUUCUUUUUGCAUGCAGAGAAGCGAGCUAUAAAUGAACCUUCCAAGGUGAACAGAGGGAGAAUGUCUUUCCACGCCACCUUCUGCAUUCUCUCGCUUCCACUUUGCUAUGCUGCCUGGCUACAAGGAGAAGGUCCUGCCGAUUUAUUUUGCAUAUUCCCAGCGAGGAAAGAGACAAUGCCAUCCGAGUAUGUUUUCAGAUUGAACUUGCCCAUUGGUUUUACUUGGAUUUCUACAUGCAGAACACACCAGGAUUACCUCAGUGUGGGAUAAGAGACUUUGCUAAAGCUGUCUUCAGUCAUUGUCCGUUUUUGCUGCCUCAAGGCGAAGACGUGGAAAAAGUUUUGGAUGAAUGGAAGGAGUAUAAAAUGGGAGUACCAACAUAUGGUGCAAUUAUUCUUGAUGAGACACUUGAAAAUGUACUACUGGUUCAGGGAUACCUAGCAAAAUCGGGCUGGGGAUUUCCCAAAGGAAAAGUAAAUAAAGAAGAAGCUCCUCAUGAUUGUGCUGCUAGAGAGGUCUUUGAAGAAACUGGUUUUGAUAUCAAAGAUUAUAUUUGUAAGGAUGAUUACAUUGAACUUCGAAUAAAUGACCAGCUUGCUCGAUUGUACAUCAUUCCAGGAAUUCCAAAAGACACAAAAUUUAACCCGAAAACCAGAAGAGAAAUUCGGAACAUUGAAUGGUUCUCCAUAGAAAAAUUGCCCUGUCAUAGAAAUGAUAUGACCCCAAAAUCCAAACUUGGUUUGGCUCCUAACAAAUUUUUUAUGGCUAUUCCCUUUAUCAGACCAUUAAGGGACUGGCUUUCUCGAAGAUUUGGAGAUUCCUCAGACAGUGACAAUGGAUUUUCUUCAACUAGUAGCACACCAGCUAAACCUACUGUGGAAAAAUUGAGUCGAACCAAAUUCCGCCACAGUCAGCAGUUAUUUCCUGAAGGCUCCCCAGGUGACCAAUGGGUAAAGCACAGGCAGCCACUGCAGCAAAAGCCAUAUAAUAAUCAUUCUGAAAUGUCUGACCUUCUAAAAGCAAAGAAUCAAAGUAUGAGGGGAAAUGGCAGAAAACAGUAUCAAGAUUCACCUAAUCAAAAGAAAAGAACAAAUGGGGUCCACAGCCAGCCAGCUAAGCAGCAGAAUUCCUUGAUGAAAUUUGAGAAAAGACUUCAUCCACGAAAACUUCAGGAUAAUUUUGAAACAGAUGCUGCAUAUGACUUACCUUGCUCUGGUGAAGACCAGUUGUUAGAACAUGCUGAGGGACAGACUGUGGCAUGUAAUGGACAUUGCAAGUUUCCCUUUUCAUCCAGAGCCUUUUUGAGUUUCAAGUUUGACCAUAAUGCUAUAAUGAAAAUCUUGGACCUUUGAUAGCAGCAGAUGUGCUGUGGAAGUUCCAAGAGCCAGAGACCUGUUGCAUUUGAGUGGGUGUCUCUCUGAGCCUUACCUUUCUCAGGUGUUUUAAAGAAGUGCAGGAAGGCAAUGAUGUUUCUGAGGAGAUGGUUCUCCGUGCAAGAGAGAGAAAAGAAAGAAGCAUGAAUUUGGACUGUAAAUGGCAGUUUUAUAAACUUUUAUACAGGUGUACCUUUUCAGUGUUUGGCUAAUGAAUUUAAGUUACUUUUUAUGAGGGCAUUUUUUCCUGUGAUUGAGGGUUUUUUCAUAUUUUGAUCAAGGAAAUAGUGUUUGAGUUAUUAAGUUAAUGGAAAUACUCUUAUCUACUCACUUUAGUUUCUUUAUAUUGAAAUUUUAAAAGAAACAAGGUACAAAAUUUGUUAAACACAAGAGCUGAAAUAUGGAAGUCAAGGUUGCAGUUCAUCUUUGGAUUCAUUUUGUGAAUUUCUUUACUUCUAACCACUUAGGUUCUUUAAUCCUCUGCUUGAAAUUUAGUUGAAAGAUUUUAUUUAGAGCCAGCAUCUCCUAUAGAAUAUUCAUGUUCAAAAUUAACUCUCUUAGUUCUUCAUUUAAGGACCCAGUUCUCAGCCUGGAGAGGGACUGGGUUGUUGGAUGGGGAGUUGCUGCUUUAAUUUUGCAUUGUGCUGCAUACAGUCAGUAAACUUGUGAGGCUGCUGGAGAGAGGGUAGCAGAGAGCAUGGAGGCUGGAACACAGCAGCUGCCUUGGUUAUGUCUUCAUCCUGCCGCCAACUCUUUAGUGUUGUACAGUUAUUUUGUUCUUGUGAAGAUAUAUUUUAUAUAACGGUUGUGUAAAUAAGUAUGGAAUACUGACAUUAUUAGGUUGUACAUUGCAUCUCAGUGUUGAUCUCUGGAAACAGAUGUUAUAUUUGGUUCCAAUUUGCAGUAGUAAGAGACUGACCUGUUUUUAUUAGCAUGCUGAAGUGAUGGAGUGAUGGAGUGAGAAUGGAAGGGGUGUGCAGUGUACCCAAGUACAGAUAAAGCCUCUCUCUGGGGGAAGAUCAGAACAUGAAAUUAACAUACAUAACUCACUCCUAGGAAUGUAUUUUGUUUCUUCAGGAUUCUUACAUCCAAAUAAGGAUGGCAGUGCCCAUUUUAAGAAUUUCAGCUAUAAUUAAGGACAAUCAUCAGGGCUUUAAGGGGGCUUUAGUGUUUGGGCUAUUUCUGACCUCAAUGAAGGUAAUUCUUUGUGGGGGUGGAGGGGUGGGAGCAUAUGCGUGCAUGUGCAUCUGUCAUGUGGGUUUUAAAAAUCGAUUUUACAUGUGGUAUCCACAAAAUAUAUCUCUGCUUGUAAAUUUUAUUGUAGAAAUCUUUAUUCUGUAUAGGGAGCCUAUUUAAUAGGGGUUCAUGUAACCAAUGGGACUUUCAAAAGAAAUGCUAUUGUAAGGCAUUUACUUGGCAUUACUUUGCUUUAGCUGUUAAAUGGCUUGAUUUUAAAGGAGACAAUAUAUUUAUUAAUGAAAGUCACCCCCUUGGUGCUAAGCAGGAGAAUUCACAAUUGCAGCAUUGUGUUUAACAUAAGGUUAUUUACAAUCCUGCAUCUUUUAAUGUGACAAAUUUAUGAAUCCUUCUGUGACUUUAAAAAAUGUUUUAUGAUUGUGUUUGGAAGUUCUUACUCUUCUUUCCAGAAAUACAACUGCUUUGCUUGGGUCUCCUUGAGCCAUAUUUAUAGUUGGUCCCAGCAUUCCAGAUUUCUGUUCAGUUGUUAAUGGAGUGAAACUUCGUUUACCUGAUAGUUAAAUCAUUUUCACUCAUUUACUGUCAUCUGGAAACCAUUUAAAUUUUAGUGUUUUUUAUGUUUUUUUUCUUUUUGAGCACUAUACCAUGGUCAGUCUGGUGCCUAGAUUUGGAUUUUUCAGCUCUCAAUAUUAAAGCAAAAGAGAUUAGGUAUAGUUAUCAGAAGUGUGUCUAAUAGUGUUGAGCCUUUCAAGAACCAACAAAUUAUCUCUUUUCAAGUGAUGAUGGUUUAACCAUAGCUCAAUGUUACUGCUGUUGUGCUGCUUCACUCAUGCACUGUGGAACAAAAUAGGUAGUGUGGGGAUGGUGUUUUGAUAAUUUGAGGCUUUUAGCUAUCUUGAGUUUGAGAUAAAAAAUGUUAAAAGAUGUGAGUAAAGUUUGUUUGUGAUGUGACUAAACUAUGCAGAAAACAUGUAAAUUGGAUGUAUCUGCUUCAUGUACAUCUCCUAUACUUAUUCUCUCGAACCUGUGUAUUCGUUUCUCAGUGUUCAGGUUUCCUUGAGAAAGGCCAUGGUUAGCACAGAACUGGGUUUCUCCUUUGAGAAAUGUUAGCAUGGUCUAAAGAAAUCAAGUUAUAAAGAAGUGUGCUGAAUAUGCAAUAACUUCACUUCUGUGUGCUGCAUUUUUAGAUAAGAGUGGUUUUCUUGGCUCCGUAUUAUGUUUAUGUCUUUGAAUCCACUUUUUAAAUGUUCUUAUGUUCCAACCUUAUAUGUUCCAAGGUUCAGUGCACUGUGAAUCUUUUAUUUUUAAAAUUUUGUAGGUGCUUUUAUACAUAACUGUAAUGAUUUGUAAGAUGUUAAAUGAAUUGUUUUUGUACUUAACCAUUGUAAUCCAAAAGAUAGGGGUAUGGUUUACACGUUUUUAUUAAGAAAUAGCAAGUUAAUGGUUUUAUGAUUUCAGAUAGUGAUGCUCUUCUGAGACAUGAACAUUUAAAGAUAUCUGAGAACCUAAUAGAAUUCUUUUAUGAGUAUGAGUGAAAUUUGAUUGAAGAUGUUUGAGAAUUAAGUUGGAUUUUCAUGCUAAUAUAGAAGGCAAGUCUUUGAUGUCAAAGGAACUGUGUUCCCUGCUUGCUGCUUUGAGCUUUGGAGAGCCUUAUUUUUCUAUUAAAUGCCAGUUAGUACAGAUAAUGAAGAUAUGUAGCAAAAUUGGUUUUAUGCUAUGCUAUAAGAUUAGGUUGGUAGUUCUAGUAAUUUGUUUAGUAGUCCUCAUUUAUCUGCGGCUUUGCUUUCUGUGGUUUUAGUUACCUACAAGCAACUGCGGUCUGAAAAUUAUAAGUGGAAAAUUCCAGAAAUAAACAAUUCAUAAGUUUUAAAUUGUGUGUUGUUCUAGUUGUGUGAUGAAAUCUCAUGCUGUCCUGCUCCCUCCAGCCAAGGACUUGCAUCAUCCCUUCGUUCAGGAUCCGCUGUGUAUGUUCCUGCUGCCCAUUAGUCACUUAGUAGCCACCACGGUCUUCAGGUUGACUGUCAUGGUAUCGCAGUGCUUGUGUUCAAGUGACCCUUAUCUUAUAUAAUAAAAGCCUAAUAUGCUAAGUGUCCUGUCAUCUGGUUGGCCAUUCAACUGAUCAAAGCGUAAUAUGCUAAUGAUAUGCUAAGGUCUCUCAACCGUUUGCUAUGAUGUGCAUUGACCACUAGGGGGCAGACAGUUAACUGGUCGACCGGUUGCUAUGACAUGCACUGACCACCAGGGGCAGACACUCUGACCAGUAGGUUAGCUUGCUGCUGGGGUCUGGCCCAUCGGGACUGAGAUGGGUUGGACAUGCCCUGGAGCCCUCCCGCGGUCCCUCCCCGGCCCCUGUCAUGCACCGGUGGGGUCCCUCUGCCUGGCCUGCACCUUCUCACAAUCCGGGACCCCUUGGGGGAUGUCGGAGAGAUGGUUCUGGCCCAAUUCUGCAGGCCAGGCCGAGGGACCCCACUGGUGCAUGAGUUUGUGCACCGGGCCUCUAGUUUUACUUGAUAAUGGCCCAAAGCACAGGAGUAGUGAUGCUGGCAACUUGGAUGUACCAAAGAGAAGUUUAAAGUGCUUCCUUUAAGUGAAAAGAUAUGUAUGUAUAGGAAACCACAUAGUGUAUUUAGGGUUUUGUGCUAUCCGUGGUUUCAGGCAUCCUCUGGGGGUAUUGGAAUGCAUCUCUGUGGGUAAGUGGGGACUGCUGUAAUAUCACCUAAAAAGAACUCUAAGUGAAUAGCAUCCUUCCAAAGGGAUUAAAAUCUUCUAUAAAACUUAACAUAUUGUGGUGGUCUUUAGAAAUAUUCAGGUCUGAGUGCAUGUGUGCAUUAAAAACAUUUCAUUACCUAUUCUCUCUCUCUCUUUUUUUUUUUGUCUCUAGUAGGUAGUUAACUUGAACAGUAAGGAGCAAAGUCAGUUAUACAAGUUAGCGAAGUAAUUUUUUCUUACUACUGAUAACAUCUCUUGCCUGUUUAUAUUGUACAGUUGGACUUUCCUCUGCCUGCUCAGAGAUUUUGUUUUGAUUGACAUCUGUGUGUCUCAAUUAUUCUUUGAGGCAGUAUUUCCUUUUUAAUCACUAGAGUCCCAGCACGUGAAAUCUCACGGCCCCGCCCACUGCCCUGCCAUGACACCCUAACCUCUACACCUAGAGCUCCAGUGCGCCUGACCCCUCUAGCCUUCUCUGGCCGCUUCAAGCCCUGCCCUCAGUCUUGUGAGUCACCUUGGGCUGGUCCUGCCUUCUCCUGGCGCCUUGCUGCUUCUGCCCCAUCUCUGGAGCAAUGCAACAGUUCUGCCCCAUCAUGGUGCUGGAGGAGAGCAUGGAAGCCUCAUGCCUGCUGCAGAGUUUUGAGCACUGCUUCCUGGCGGCACGUGCACUGCGCUCCCUCCCCUGGCAGGUGGGCGGUGGGGCGCUCUGAGUGCGAGUGGUGGGUGGCGAAGGACUGGUGAGGGGGGCGCUAUGGGCUCUCACCCCCACCCUCCCUGCCACGGGAUGGUCCUGCUUCCUCCAGGCGCCUCCCCACUUCCGCCCUGUCUCUGGAGCAAUGCGGUGGCUCCUCCCCACCUCGCACGCAGCCUCCUGCUGAAUGGUCGUUACAGUGUGAGGGUGUCACGACCAUUAGCAUAUUAGCUCUUUAUUAUAUAGGAUAGUUAUAAGGUCAGAUUCAUUAACAUUUUUCUGGUUGGAGAAAAAUAAAUGUUUCCUAGUAAUUUUGAGUUGGAUUAUCUUCUAGCCUAGAGAAAGGGGCUCAUGUAUUGCUGAAACUUUAGUGAUAAAUAAGACAAACUCUUAUUUUAUCUGAUGGUAUCAGUAUCCUUUACCUUUAAGUACUACCUGUCUCUAGGUAAACAGGUGUUAGUAGAACAAGUUUUGUUAAACUUCAUUCCUGAUAGCUUAGUAAAGCCUAGCUGGAGCUCCUCAUUUUGUAUUCUGUCCUAAGACUUUAAAGUGCAUUUGUAUAGUUGCCAAACAUUCUAAAAGUGAGAUUAUGAUGGGCUUUCUCAAUCCUUUUUUUCCUGGAAUUGAGUUACUCUUAAAGUCUGUACUCCUCUGUCAUAAAGAUGGCAGAUUGCCAAUGGCCAGGAAAGGGUCUGUCCAUGCUUUCAAAGUAGAGUUCUGGAUUGAAGUUUCAAAAAAUAUGACAGGUUAUUAUUUUAGAAUCAAAGUCCCCUAAAGGAAUAAGUUUAGUUGCUGGGCAGAGAGAAGUGUAAGGAAAAAAUUAGAGGAGAUAGAUCAGUUCUUGAGUGCUUUAUGGUGUACUAUGCUAGAACUGUGAGUACUGCUUACCCCAAGAAGAGUCUUAAUAUUACGUGGCAAUUACCAGGUGUUUUCUAGCUCUGGAUAGUUAAUUUUGCUUAUGUAUAGUUGCCAAACAAUCCAGGAAAUCUAAAGUAAAUUUUCUUUCUUUAAAGAUCAGUGUUGGGGAGUCUGGUCCUUCCAGUGCUGACACUGCAAUUCCAGCCAUACUGAAGUGCCCUGCUUUCUCACAGUAGUGUAACCCAGAGCACACACAGCCGUAGUCAGCCGUGUCAUAGUCUCUUCGUGUGGAAGGUAUACAUUUGUCCUGUAUGGUGAUCCAUUCCUUUCCAUCUAGUUGCCUUGUGACUAACAGCAUUUGCCAUUGAAAUAGUAGUCUGUAUAUAGUUAGGGAAAACAGUAAAGCUACCUCUCGCACAUGGGAGUAGACUUGAAGGGCUGGCUUCCAUGAGCUUAGUGGCUCAGAGUUUAACAUAAAGUACAAAGAAGUAUGAAUAAAAAAACUAUAAUAAAGAGUGGAAGUCUUAUAUCUUGAGAAGUGUUCAUAAUCAAAUCUUUGAUCUGGAUCCCCAGAUUAAUGAAAUUGCCAGUUAAAAGAGAUUCUAUUUGUCUUUGGUCUUCUGUGGUUAGCAGAGAAGUUGGUCUCGCUGUGGUAGCAGCUUGAAAGAAAAAUCUAAAGGGCACUCACCUUGACAAGGUGCUUGUAUUGACUGUGUAGUGCUGGUCAGGGGUGCUCUAGGGAAAGGGAUUCAAUAGAGAAACCAAUUGCCCUUGUUUAUAAUUUUGUUCCACAUGGACCCUCCUCUUAGUAGACUAGUCUUUCAGUCCAGUGGGGGAAGAAUAAGGCCCUGAGCUUAUAUUUGCUGCUUUUUUGGUGGGAGAAUUCUUGCAGGUGUUUGGGUGUUUUAGUUACUGGCUUCUAUCUGUUGUACCACUUUAAGACCCGUUUUUUAAUCCUUUUUCUUGGUGUGACUAGCCAGGAAUAGGCCAUUGAAUCCCUCUCCCUACUUCCCCCACUCUUCUUCUAUUGUAGAAGUUUUUUCUUUUUAUUUGUGCUGCAUACCUAUGGUGAAUCUGCACUGUGGGCAUUUGUAAAGCAGCGAUAAUGUCUUGCUUUUGAGAGUUGAUCUCACUAUGGCCCUUGGGCAGUAAGCACAUUGGAGGGCUGUAGACACCAGUGCUGUUUUAAGUCUCCAUGUAUGUGGCUGUCAAAUUGGGUUGGGAAUAAAGAAAACAUCUAUGCAUUUCUAGGGUGAAAUGAGCUGUUUUCUGCUGGUCCUCAGUCUUUGAGAGGUCUUAGUUAAUAUUCCUAGGGUGUGGAUUUUUAAGGUAGAAUUGAACAAUUUGAUCUGUUUUUAAUUAAUUGAACCCGAGGUCCUAAAGCAGUCUUAUAGCUACAAAGCAUGGAGUGAAACAUUUACCACACAAAUCUACAUUUAGUCAUUUCUCAAGCUUUAAGUAGUUAGCUAGUUCUUUGUAAAAUGAUAUCUUUGCUUAUGCUUUUGUGAUAUUUAGGAAUAGACUAUGGAUGGCAGCAAAUGAAAGCAAAGGUUUGCAAUGGUGAAUGAAAUUGAGAGAGGCAGUAACUCUUCCUCAGCAGUUUGGCUGGCUAGAUGUGCUGAUAUAGUGAGUAGCUGUGGACUCGCACUCUUUGUGUACUUUACCUAGGAUAUGUACGGAUGGAAAAGCACAGAGCACAUCUCCCCACUGUCCUAGGGCACCAUAAUCUUUGUUCAUUUUGGAUUUGUGUUUGCAUCUUGCACAAGUAUCUUUUAGUUUCAAAUGCAAGUGUCCAAAGAACUGUGUCUUUAAUGUUACUUUUUGCGUACAUUUCUCUUCAGAGUUAGGACAGGAGGCAGCUAACCUGACUUCUAUUUAGUAAAUAUUACAAACUCUUUCUUCAGUAACAGGGAAGGAAAAUAAAAUCAUGAACUAUUUUACAUACAUAUAUUUGUGUAUAUACACAUACAUAUAUAUUUCCUUAUAAUUGUUUUUGAAGUUUGCUUAUUGGCUUAAUACCUUAUAAAAUUGUCUUUGGUAGGUUACUGACUCAUACAAUUCAGGUUGUUGAUUUUACUUGUUGGCUUUAAAAUUUCAAACAAUCUUAUUUCAGAAUAAAAUGAUUAAUCAAAUGGAAUUGUAAUUCAUGUAUGAGCUAAUUUAAGUGAAAUCUAUCUUUCCUCUAAGCAAAAUAAGGGCAUAUGCUUUAGUUUGGAUGGGAAAGGGAGUUAAGAAUUCACUUCUUUUUGUACCCUGCCUAUUUCCAAAACAAGAUAUGAACAAGUGUUUUUUAUGCUAUGAGGACUAGGUAAUGUUCAUGGAAAUAUGUAGUCCUAAAAUAAUUUUCUUGGGAAUAGUUUUAGUCUGAAAAAGGUGAAAACAUUUAUGUUGAGCCAUGUUAAACAAAUUAUUUUAUUUGGAACUUAAAAAGCUGGCAAAAAAAUUGAUGAAAUGGUCUCACUAAGUAUAUGAUAUUCAAUUGAGAAAACUGUACUUUAGAAUAAAUGUGAUAACUAAAUAGAUUUGUAAACUUUAUUCAAUAAUCAUUUUUGUUUUAAGUGAAAUUUAACAUUUAAUUUUUGCCUUAAUAGCAUUUCAUUACUUUACCUUAGGGCAUUUUAAUGUUUGCAGAAAGACUAUGUAAGUAAACUUUACAUUAGAGUGAUUCUGUCUAUGGUAGUAAUGAAAUUCUUGGUGUUUGUUUUGGUUGUCAAACAUUCAGGGAGAGCAGAAAAGAAACCCCCAAAUACCUGUUGGGUUCACCAUGUAGUUAUAUCAGUUGAUACCUUAGAAUGGAUUUAUCAUUACCUCCUGGUUGAACAAUAGCUUUGUCUUUUUCCUUAGGUAUUAAUGACGGAUUUUCAUUUAUAUUGGAUGUAACUAUCAUAAAUAAAGGAAGACUCAAGUUUAUGAAUUGGGAGUUUAAAUGUUUGCAGGAUUACUGCACUUCCAGAGUUGACUAAAAAUGCCAGCUGUACUCUCCACUGAGAGAAUGAACAGAUUCCUAUGUGUUAACAGUUAUGAUGUUCUUUUUGAAAGCGUUUUGAUGUAACACCAAUUUAGAAAUUACAAAAUACAAUUUGAAUAAUGGAAGGUUUUCUUUGUAUUUUAAAACUUUUUUUUUUCCAGUUGAUUGUUCAAAUACUGGCUUUCUGUAAAAACAUCGUGUUAAAUUUUGACUAGUGCAAUACUAAUAAAUUUGCUGCUUGGGCAGUUUUACUUACUACCUUUUAA